CUCUUUCUUUGGAACUCUUUCAGGUUUAUUGCCAAGCCAUGUGCCAUAAACCUUGGCAUUCAAGACAGUGGACCUCACAGAGCCCAGCCCAAUGCAAUUUUAGAGAAAGUGUUUACAUCCAUCACUAAGUCUCCAGAUGGAAAAAGGUUAGAAGGCUUGUCAAAGCAGCUAGACUGGGAUGUUCGAAAGAUCCAGCGCUGGUUUCGUCAUCGGAGGAACCAGGACAAACCCACCACCCUCACUAAAUUUUGUGAGAGCAUGUGGAGAUUUACAUUUUAUUUAAGUAUAUUUUUUUAUGGAAUCAGGUUUCUCUGGACGACACCCUGGUUUUGGGACACACGACAGUGCUGGUACAACUACCCUUUUCAGCCUCUAACAUCCAGGCUUUAUUAUUACUAUAUCUUGGAGUUGGCCUUCUAUUGGUCUCUCAUGUUUUCUCAGUUUACAGACAUUAAACGGAAGGAUUUCCUGAUCAUGUUCGUCCAUCAUUUGGCUACAAUUGGACUCAUUACAUUCUCUUACAUGAAUAAUAUGGUGCGGGUUGGAACUCUGGUGCUGUGCCUCCAUGAUGCAUCAGAUUUCCUUUUAGAGGCUGCAAAGCUAGCCAAUUAUGCCAAGUACCAACGUCUGUGCGAUGCUUUCUUCAUGCUCUUUGGUGUCGUAUUCAUUGUUACACGGUUGGGCAUUUAUCCUUUCUGGAUUUUGAAUACAACCUUAUUUGAAAGCUGGGAGUUGAUUGGUCCUUAUCCUUCAUGGUGGCUGUUCAAUGGGCUUUUGAUAACCUUGCAGUUCUUGCAUAUCAUCUGGUCUUAUCUCAUCAUUCGCACUGCCUACAAGGCCCUCGUGCGGGGCAAGGUAUCAAAGGAUGACCGCAGUGAUGUAGAGAGCAGCUCUGAAGAGGAGGAUGUGACUUCCAACAGCACAAAAGGAGUUUUCAGCACUUCAAGUAACGGCUCGAACCGUGUUAAUGGCCAUGUGGCUAGUGGCCAGUGGACAGAAGAGGAGUAAGGCUGUGGGUUGGCCUUGAGCAAACACGAACUUGUCUUUAAAUACCUAGAUGUGUUGAGCUCCACAUUCCCAAGUGAUCUUUAAUCAAGAACACCCCUUCCCCAGAAACCUCCAGCAAAUCUGAAAUGGGCACAACCCACCAGUCAGAGGCUUUGCACAACAGAAGGGAUAAAGCCAAUGACUGGGGCAAAAACAAAGCUGCAGAUUUCACUUUAAGCCAUUUUGUACUUAAAUCUUAGUCCCAUCGAUAUUUGCAGAGGUAUCUGUUUGUGACAAACUGGUUUUUACUAGGAUCAACUCAAGGCAGAAGAAGUUUGGACUAGGCUGGCUGCCAACCGGAGGAGGGUUACGGUG